AUUCGGUCUCUCUCUCUCUCUCUAUUUUUUUUUUUUUUUUGGGCUCCGAAACCGAAUCCAAUUUAGCCUCCAAAUCGAAAAUUAAACCCCUUUCCUCAUUCUUAUAAUCAACCUCCCUCUCUUUCUCUAUCUCUAUAUCUGUGUGUGUGUGCGUGUUUUUAUUAGGGUUUAUAUUUUCCUUUGUUUUUGUCUGUUCAUGAGCCCCUAAUUGCGCCGUUGAUAUAGGGUUUGUUUUUCGAUUAGCUUUUAAAAAGAUGCGGAUUGAGCCAUGGCUGAGUCUGGGAUAGGUUUUAGAAUGUUGAAUCUUGUUGCAUCUCGAAAUUCCGACAUCGAACUUGAGUCGGCCGAGAUGUUGCUUAUCGGGUGCCGGUUCCGAUUUCGAUCGGCAUUCGAUUCCUAUUCAGUGGCUUGUGAGGCAUUUUCCGAACAGCUUCUUUCCCGUCGUUUUCUUUUCCCUGUUGGUGCCAGAAUCAAACUCCUUUAAUAGCGGUUUCCCGUAAUUUUUUUUAAUUUUUUUAAUUUUUUUGGGUUAAUUUUUUCUCUCCGUCGGAAAAAUUGUCGUUUCUGGUGGGGGAUUUUCGCGUCGAUUUCGCUAUGAAUUCCUGUACAGGUUUAAUGCGUGGGAAAUCUGAUUCUGAGGAUGGUCUAGUUGUGGAGAAAGAUCCAACGGGACGAUAUUUGCGGUAUGACGAAGUCAUGGGGAGGGGAGCAUUCAAGACUGUAUAUAAGGCUUUUGAUGAAGUAGAUGGAAUAGAAGUAGCUUGGAAUCAGGUGAGCAUUGAGGAUGUGUUGCAAUCACCGGAACAGCUGGAAAGAUUGUAUUCUGAGGUUCAUCUGCUGAAGUCAUUGAAACAUGAAAAUAUAAUAAAGUUCUAUAACUCAUGGGUGGAUGAUAAAAACAAGAACAUUAACAUGAUAACAGAGUUAUUCACCUCUGGGAGUUUGAGGCAGUACCGUAAGAAGCAUAAGAAUGUUGAUAUGAAGGCCAUCAAGAACUGGGCAAGGCAGAUUCUUCGUGGAUUACAGUAUCUGCACUGUCAUGAUCCUCCUAUCAUUCAUAGAGAUCUGAAAUGUGACAAUAUAUUUGUCAAUGGAAAUAAUGGAGAAGUUAAAAUUGGGGAUCUUGGACUGGCAAUAGUUAUGCAGCAGCCAACAGCUCGAAGUGUCAUUGGCACUCCUGAAUUCAUGGCUCCAGAGCUUUAUGAUGAGGAAUACAAUGAACUUGUAGAUAUAUAUUCUUUUGGUAUGUGCAUUUUAGAAAUGGUCACUUGUGAAUACCCCUAUAGUGAAUGCAGAAAUCCUGCACAAAUAUACAAGAAGGUUACCUCUGGUAUAAAACCAUGUUCACUCAACAAAGUGGAUGAUCCCCAAGUAAAGCAGUUCAUAGAGAAGUGUCUAGUUCCAGCUCCUAUGAGAUUACAUGCUGUGGAGCUCUUGAAAGAUCCAUUCCUUGCAACUGAAAAUCUGAAGGAACGUAAUGGUGACCCUUCACACAAACUGAAUUUUAUGCCCAAGUUAGUUAACUCUCAUCAGCCUGAAUGUCGACCAAUGGACAUUGACUCUAACUGCAGAAAGCUUUCUGCUGGCUCUAGUAGUAAAAGCGUCAAUGAAAUUUCUACUCCUUCAAGUCUAGAGCUCCAAAAAUUCACUGAAAAUAAUGAAUUCAGGUUACGAGGACAGAAAAAUGGGGAUAAUACUAUUUCAUUAACUUUGCGAAUUGCCGAUUCUGUUGGUCGGGUAAGGAAUAUCCAUUUUGCUUUCUAUCUGGAUUCUGAUACGACCAUCUCAAUUGCUGGAGAGAUGGUUGAGCAACUUGAUCUUUCAAAUGAAGAUGUGACUGUCAUAGCUGAGUUGAUUGAUAACUUGAUUAUGAAGCUUGUGCCAAGCUGGAAACCUUCUUUUGAAACUACUUCUUCAAAUGAAGUAAUGAAUUCUUGCGGGGAUUCUCUUGUAUCUCUAAAUGAUGAAUCUUCAUUAAAGUGUUCUUGGAAUUCAAGAACAGUUCAGGCUUCUUCUAAAGCCAUUGAUGUACAUCCUUCUGUUCAUGCACACUUGGAUAUUGAAGAUCAAGAGAACCAUGGUUCAGUAAGUUCAGAUAUAUCAGCUGAGUUUGGUGUCAUCAUAGUCACCUCAGAUGCUAGUGAUGUCAAGGCUAACUCUGAUGAUUAUAUUUUGUAUGAAUGUGAUAAGGGCUCAGAUGGGUACAGUUGUGACUCGGAAUUUAAGGGGAAAACUUAUGAAGCUGAUUUUGGUGAGUCUAUCAUGAUGAGUGAAUCCCAAGAGAAAUCUGCCCUUGCAUAUUUGAAUUGUGGUAUACCAAAAGAGAUUAGCUUGCCUAGUAUCUGUUCCUUAUCUUUAGCAGCCAAAAAUGAGAUUGAUGAGCUAAAGCUGGAACUUGAUGCAAUUGAUUUGCAGUAUCACCGGUGCUUUUGCGAACUCUUGAGGAUGAGGGAAGAAGCAAUAGAAAGCGUGAAGAAGAAGUGGAUAACAAGGAAGAAAAUAGCUGUUGUUUGAUUACCUUUUUUUUU